GCUGUGUUGCAUUGUGGGAUGUUGAGCGGGUGAAAGAUGGCGGCGCGCGUUCUCUCCCGGUGUGUCCGGACACUGACCCGCGGCGCGGUGGUGUUUAGUCGGUGUGAUGUUUCCGCGGCGCUUCCUCUCAGCCGUCACCGAGUGUUCUCUCACCUGGCGGCCGGAAACAAGCCGCUGCUCGCUCAGACUCCCGGUGGGAUGCAGUGGCGGUGGUACGGCGACCUUCCACCUUUAACCCUUGAAUCUAUCAGAGACCGCGUGCUCUACGUCCUCAAACUGUACGACAAGAUCAAUCCAGAGCAGCUUCAGGUCACAUCUCACUUCAUGAAGGACUUGGGCUUGGACAGUCUCGACCAAGUGGAGAUCAUCAUGGCCAUGGAGGACGAAUUUGGUUUUGAGAUUCCUGACGCUGAAGCGGAGAAGCUGAUGACUCCUGAUGAAAUUGUUCAGUACAUCGCAGAUAAGAAAGACGUCUACGAAUGAGCUCUUAUCGUUCACUGUACAGAGCUGCAUAUGGAGGGACGCCUGUCUGUGAUGGAUAACGUGCCGUCGUAACGUGUUUUGUGUUCAGCUGUAACAGUAAACUUGGUUGUAAUCCUGAUUUGGACUUUAUUUGGGAGUUGCAGGAUCUCCUAUACCUACUACAGGAUGUCUCUAUAUUAUUUGUUGUUCAUUAAAAUAUCAAUAUUUCAAAUAAACAUGACCAAAAUAAAGUCUUCUCAUCCCUGA